AUGCGCGUCGGAUCAACGGUUCGAAGUCGGGCGAAGGCGCGUGUCGUCCGUCGUCUAAUUCUCCUUCCAGUUGCACUUGUUGCCAUUAUUGGAGCAGCUCAUUUGAUGAGAGAACGACGUAGUAAUCAAACAGGUCCUGGAAUUAUAACGCCUGAAAAUACACCUGUUAAUGCUUCAAAACCAUUUUGGAAAACAUUGCUUCCCACUUGCAAUCGAUCUCUAGCUCCACCGGCUCCGGAUGUCAAUGACGAUGGUCAAUUUCCACCUGAUCCAUUUAGUCUUGAACAACGCCAAAAUGGAUUUGUAGUUUUGCAUAUGUGUGGUCUCAUCUACAUGUUUGUAUCACUUGCAAUUGUUUGUGACGAGUUUUUUGUUCCAUCACUUGAUGUUCUCACUGAAAAGUUAUCAUUAUCUGAUGACGUGGCAGGUGCCACUUUUAUGGCUGCUGGUGGAUCGGCACCCGAAUUCUUUACUUCAGUAAUUGGAGUGUUCAUUGCACAGAAUAAUGUUGGAAUCGGAACUAUCGUUGGUUCCGCAACAUUCAAUAUUCUCUGUGUUUUGGCUUUUUGCACUCUUUUCUCAAAAUCAAUAUUGGAUUUGACAUGGUGGCCUCUUUUCCGAGAUGUAUCCAUUUAUAUGUUGGCUCUUGCAAUGCUCGUUUUCUUUUUUAUGGAUGAAAUGAUAACAUUCCCCGAAGCUCUUGCAAUGUUUUCCAUCUAUAUAGUCUAUUGUACGGUCAUGAAGUUUAAUGGACAACUUGAACAAUUAGUUAAAAAAGGAUCCGAUUCAGAAGAAGCUUCGGCUCACGAAACUCAAAAAUUGGCAGCUGACGUUCCGCAUAACAAUAAUAAUAACGAUUUGGCUCAAUUAGAAGGAAGUGAACUACGUCGUCGAUCAUCAGCUCGUCGUCAAUCGGUUCCAAUUCUUCAUUCGGGAACAAUGUUUAGAAAUGGAAUUAUGCAAUUGAUGAAUCAAACAUUGGAGCAACUUCCUGAAGAUUCGGAAGAAGACGACAGCUCACGGAGCCGAAGCAAUGUGAACAUCGAGUCACACGACAUGCAUCGCCUAAAUGUCAAUCAAAGUAUGCCCGAUCGCCGCUCUUCACAGAUUGAAGAGAUUAAGUCUCUUUUGGAAGAGCAAGAGGAAAAACCACUUGAUAUGACAUGGCCAGAGACUUGGGUGAAACGAUUGACUUAUGUAUUGUUAGCACCUGUUGUAAUACCCAUGUGGGUCACUAUUCCGGAUGUUAGAAAAUCUCAUAACCGUGGUCUCUACCCCGCGACAUUCAUAAUCUCCAUCUUGUGGAUCGCAUUUUUCUCGUAUCUCAUGGUUUGGUGGGCAAAUACAAUUGGAGAGACAUUUGUGAUUCCAACUGAAAUUAUUGGAUUGACUAUUCUAGCUGCUGGAACAAGUAUUCCUGAUCUUAUCACUAGUGUUAUUGUGGCUCGAAAAGGUUUGGGUGAUAUGGCAGUGUCCAGUUCAGUUGGUUCAAAUAUUUUCGAUGUCUGUGUUGGUCUACCGAUUCCGUGGCUUUUAUAUUUUCUAAUAGAAUAUAUCAAGCAUCCAAAUGAACCUUUAUCACCAAUUUCUGUGAGUUCAAAAGGAUUAUUAUGCUCUGUUGGAAUGCUUUUCAUCAUGCUCAUUGUAUUGGUCUUUGCUAUUUUCUUAUCGGGAUGGAAGAUGAACAAGAUUUUCGGAAUCCUGAUGAUCGUUUCCUACGUUUUCUUCUGCGUAUUUUCAGUUAGUUUGGAAACUGAUAAACUCGUUUGUCCGUUGAAUAUUUGCGGAUAGUUUUGAUAAUUUUCCUUUAUUUUAAUUUUUCUUAGUUUCUCAAAUAUUUCUCAAAAACUCAAAAACGGUCUGCAUCAACGGGUUUACAAGUUUUUCAUUCAUCCUAGUGACUUAUACUGAUUUCAUAUUCCCUCUCUUUUUCCCCCAUUGAAUUUGAAAAUUUGUAUAUAUUUUCAGCAUCAAUAGUUGUUAUGCAUUUAUUUUUCUGUAUUUUGAAAUUUGAAAUUUGGUGUCAUUCAUUUUAUAAUAAAAACAACAAUUUU